GAUACGUGUAGUCAGACACAUUUCUAUUUAAUCUCUUAGUACUCUACUUUGCGUUACUACUAGCACGCAUCGCAGUCUGCAAUUUCAACGACGUACAGAAUUCUUUCUGAAAUUACUGUAUCUCUAUUAAACAAUGCUCUGAAUAAAAUCCGAUACACUAUAUUUCGGCAACUCGAUCAAGGCCUACGAUCGUGUUACUUUCACUUCAACCUUUCUUAACAGCAAAACGAGAAGGCAGCCAGUGCACGUUGGAAAAUGGUAACCCAGGAGUGUGCAAAAGAUUACCCGAUUGUUCGGUCAGAAUGGCAGAAGUGGAGCUAGGGAGGAGGACCUCGGAUUCCUCGGGAAGAUGCGGUUUCGAGGAUUUCACAGAGAUCGUUUGUUGCCCCGUAAAUAUCACCGAUAAAAUAGCCCGUCGUCCAGCCGACGUUGCCUGCCAACAAUACGACAUUAAUAUAACAAUAGACAACAAGAAGCCAGACGAUUUGUCUUUUCAUAUAUUUGGAGGUAUCCAAGCCCAGUCUGGCGAGUUUCCAUAUAUGGUAGCACUUGGAUACGAGAACGAUAAUCUGGAAGAAGAUCCGUCACCCAUCAGAUAUAGUUGCGGAGGUAGUUUAAUAUCCUCUCAACACGUGCUAACUGCUGCACAUUGCGUUAACAAUGUGAACGAAAAAGUACCUGUCGAAAUACGACUGGGAAGCGAAGACAUAAAAAGCUCAGCGACAAAUGUGCAACGUAUCCCCAUCAGUGAUAUAAUAUCCCAUCCAGAAUACAAACGCAGUAUGAAUUAUAACGACGUGGCUAUUUUGAAGUUGAAGACCAGGGUACAAGUUUCGAAUACGGUUAAACCUAUCUGUCUCGAAACCAGAUCCUUAGAUUCCAUGAGUAUCACUUCGAGGACACCUUUGGUGGUGAUCGGAUGGGGAGCUACAAGUUUCGAUACCGAGAAUUCUGUUAAACUGAUGAGAACUCCUAGUCUAAGCCUCGUGGACAGAGAAGAAUGCGCCGAACAGUAUACCGGAUUCCUGAAAUUACCUCGUGGCAUCGACGAGAAUUUGAUCUGCGCUAUGGAUCCUAACAGUACCAGAAGAGCGGACGCUUGUCAAGGUGACAGCGGAGGGCCUUUAUUAAUGUUAACCGAGAAAGGGGACAGUGUGAUAGGAAUCACUGCUUUUGGACAAAGUUGUGGUAGUUCAGUUCCAGGUGUUUACACUGCGAUACACUCUUACCUGGAUUGGAUCGAACAGCACGUAUGGUUGAGCAGCGAACCGAAAUCUUUAACCAAAACACAGAUUACUUAUAUCGCUGUAUGAGCGACGAAUACUUACGUGAAAAUGAUUUCAUUCGUUUCAAUAUAAUACUCGAUAUAGUCUCGUUAGAUUUCAGGUGUCUGGUAAGGAUGGAGAGAAAACGAGAUGGCAGUAAACAUUAACAAAACCCUUUUUUAUUUAUUCACAUUCUGUACAAAUGUAUUUUACAUAAUGUCGAUAAUAUCUAUCGUGCCAAAUUAAAUAUCGGGCGGCAAUGUGAUUUUUUUUGGUUUUGGAUAAGGAUACAAUUAAUAAGAGCGUGGACGGUGUUAAUUUGUUAACUUUUAAUUAAAGCAUUCUUAAUUAACAGAAAUAAUAAAAAGCGUGAGUGCUCAGA